GCAAAGUGAUGCUGACUGGGAUUCGCGUAAACGUAAUUUUACCCGCUGGGGAAGCGAAGGCCUUUGGUAAAGUUACCGGCCAAAAUCACUCUUUUGCUUCAUCUUCUUUGUCUAGAACUAGGGCAGCCAGGCAGGGCGGACAGACGGGGCGAUCGAUCGAAGGCGCCGAUUCACCGCGCGUCCUCGUAAUCACAGGUGCCGCAUUUCGAUCUCUCCUCGCGCUCGUCCUCGCGAUUCUUGCGAUAGUCGGCCUCCUCCUUCGCAAUCUUUGCCAGUGCCGCAUUCUUUCUCCGAAAUCCCUCAUCGCUCGAGCGCGCUUCACCCGCAUGUCGCGAUUCCAUGGAAUUCCUCCUCCGGGCGCCAGAGGAUGAUCGUUCCAUGUCUGGGGUAAGCCAAAUCCUUUCCAGGUCGAGGAAGACGAGGGAUCCAUCCUCGCUCAUCCAGUGGUCUUCUUCUCCGCCGCCUCCUCAUCCUUGCCACGCCCCAUGGUCUCCGCAUUGCUUCCACCGCUAUGAGCGCCAGCCGCAACCUCUUCCAGCGACGCCGCCAGUUACUGUUUUGUCUCGCUCUUCGUCCCUCCCAUCCAGUUUGUUUCACCACCCUUCUUCCGCCAGUACGGGAGCAAAGGCCGAUUUCCCUGGAGCUGCCCAACAGCAACACGAUAGGAACAACGCUCUGACUGGAACUUCCCAGCGGAACCGGAAGAUCCACACUGCCACGGACGAAGAGAACAGUGUCGAGGUGACUAUAGUCAAGGCCAACGGUAACACAGAGACGAAGAAGCUCGUAAGUGGCUCAAAGAAGGCGUUUUCUACGUCCACAAGGUAUGACAAGGCGAUGGGAUCUUACAGGAAGCAACAAGUAGCUUGCGGUGCUGCCAACGUCGCGCCUUGCCUCAACAGAUCUUUGAGCUCGCCGAUCGAUGCGAAGAACCGGGCUGCAAAAGCAGAGGUUGAGGACGAGAAGUGGGCUGGUCCGGCCUACUCAAAGUCCCCACCCCCAAGCUCACUGCCAUUUCCAAAGUUCUCGGUUCCCGUGCGAUCUCUCUCGAUGGAGGUGGCCUUCAGCAACAGUGGCGGAUCGCCCUCGGAAGAUAUCGACGUUGCGGGCAGUAACUUGACGUCGCCAUCGCCGCAAGCGCCAUGCAACUGCUGGGACGCCGCAUUUGCCACCAAAGACCUCAAAAGGAUCCUCAAUCUGGACCAGCAAGUGGCGACUUGAUUUGACGCUGCCCCAGCCGCCAACGUAGUCCUCUACGGUACAGAAGGAGCUUUCGGGUUUUUAGCUAUAGGUCCAUUGACAGGAAACUAGAGCAGCUGAUCCAUCCAUCUACGCAAGAACUCCGCCUCUUCACGUCUCCUUAGUGACUACUCUAUCAACACCAGCAGUAACAAAACUCCCAACAAGCGCAUCUCAUGUCGUGUGGACACAAACAGCGACUUCUCGGACUUCUCGGACGUUGCUGUUUGCUUUCCUUUCCUUUCACUCAGGGACACGACCGCGAGCACAAGUUGUUUAGAACCUUCGACGCUCUUCGCCGCUCCUCCCACAUGUACGUCUUGUAUAUAUAAAUCCAGGUAUCUAUGACUUUUGCGCUA